AUGAAAAAUAGGAUGAGGACUUUGAAGAAGAUAUAUGCUACUAUGAAGAGAAUGUCACAGCAUAGUGGAUUUGGGUGGAAUGAAGAAACUCGAAAAGUUGAUGUUGAAGAUGAUGUCUGGGAGCAAUACCUUGCAGCACACCCAAAAGAUUCUAAGUAUAGGACGAAGACGUUGCCAGACUAUAAUACUUUGGCAUUAAUUUUUGGAGAUACUGUCGCUGAUGGUAGCAAUGGGUGUGAAAUUAAUGAUGUCGAGGAUUUUCAAAGUGAAUUCACCGAUGAUGAUAUAACUGCUGAAAAAGUUACCAUACAUGCUGAAGAUACACAAUUUGUUGACCAGGAUGAUGGAUAUUUUGUUCAGAACAUGAACUUUACUAGUCCUGAAAUAACUCAAUCAUCUAAUCAAGAAAAGAGAGCAGGAAAAAGGCAUUUAGAUGAGCAACCAACUUUGACAUCAUGUCCAAAGAGAAUUAAGAAUUCUAUUAGAAAUAGCUUGGCAAAAUCUGUUGAUCGAUGGACAGCAAUAGCUGAAGAACAAAUAAGGCUACAACAUGAACCAAAAAACUUCCGCUGA